AUGGUGGCUGAGGAGAGGAGAGAGAAAAUGGCGCCCGCCAUUACACUAGCUUCUUCAGCAUCAGACGCUAAAACUCCAUUUCUACACCUUGAAGAAGAAGAUACCGUUGAUGGCGCUGUCGACUAUAAAGGAAGCCCUGCAAUUCGAUCCAAACAUGGCCGUUGGAGAUCCGCUUCAUUCAUCAUUGGGGUGGAAGUUGCAGAGAGAAUUGCAUAUUAUGGGAUAACAUCAAAUUUGAUCAGCUAUUUAACUGGACCGUUGGGGCAGUCAACAGCUACUGCGGCAGCAAAUGUGAACGCUUGGAGUGGAUUUGGGUCUCUUUUCCCUGUAAUUGGUGCGAUUAUUGCUGAUUCUUUUCUGGGUAGAUAUCGCACCAUUGUUGUGUCUUCCUUCAUUUACAUCUUGGGGCUAGGCUUGUUAACUCUUUCAGCUGUGCUGCCUUCCACCAAUUCAUUUUCUUACCAAACAAUUUCAAUAUUUUUCUCUCUAUAUCUUGUGGCCAUUGGGCAAUCUGGUCAUAAGCCUUGUGUCCAAGCUUUUGGAGCAGACCAGUUUGAUGGACAAGAUCCCGAGGAAAGCAAAGCCAAAAGUUCAUUCUUCAAUUGGUGGUACAUGGGCAUGUGUCUUGGUCCAUUGCUAGUAAUAUCCGUCUUAAACUACAUUCAGGAUAAUGUUGGUUGGGGCCUUGGAUUUGGGAUUCCUUGCAUCAUUAUGACAACUGCUUUAGUGAUAUUUUUCCUUGGGAGUAGGACCUAUAGGCAUGUCGUUACAAGUGAAGAACGAAGUGCAUUUAUGAGGAUUGGAAGAGUGUUUGCCGCAGCUGCAAGGAAUUGGCGUAUAAAACAGUCAACAAUUGAUGUCGAAGAGGAAGCUCAGGGAUUCUUUCCUUUCCUUGGCUCUGAACAAUUCAGGUUCUUGGACAAAGCUUUGGUUGCUACUAGUAGUUCUGAUGAUGACAGCAAAGCUUGUAGUAAGAGCGAGGUCGAAGAGGCAAAGGCAGUACUGAGAUUAUUCCCUAUAUGGGCAACCAGCAUUGUAUAUGCUAUAGUCUUUUCACAAUCCUCAACUUUUUUCACAAAACAAGGGCUUACCAUGGAUAGAUCAUUAGGGUCUAGUUUCACAGUCCCACCUGCUUCAUUGCAGUCAUUUAUAAGCCUUUCCGUUGUCCUUUUUAUUCCCAUCUACGACCGCAUCAUAGUUCCAACAGCAAGGAAUUGUACCGGGAAACCUGCUGGAAUAACUAUGCUACAAAGAAUUGGAACCGGGAUGUUUAUUUCCGCCAUGUCAAUGAUAAUCGCAGCUAUAGUUGAGAAGAAACGUCUCGAAACUGCAUUAGAACACGGACUGGUUGAUAUGCCGAAUGCAACAGUACCAAUGAGUGUAUGGUGGUUGGUCCCACAGUACGCGCUGUUUGGUGUUUCAGACGUUUUCACCAUGGUUGGUUUGCAGGAGUUUUUCUAUGACCAAGUUCCUACGGAGCUGAGAAGUGUGGGUCUUUCCCUGUAUUUGAGUGUGUUUGGGGUGGGAAGCCUUCUGAGCAGUUUGAUGGUCUCCAUCAUCGACAAAGCGUCUGGUAGCAACGGUCGUGACAGUUGGUUUUCAAACAACCUAAAUAGAGGUCAUCUUGAUUAUUUUUACUGCCUUCUUGCUGGUCUUAGUGUCAUAGAAAUUACUCUUUUUGUGUAUUUUGCAAAGUCUUACAUAUAUAAUAGGAAAUCUGCUAUAUAGUAGUAUGAUAGGAGAAAAGCUUGGUAUUAGAUCCAAUGUUCGAUACACAGUCACUUCCAUACUGUAUCAUGUAGCCUGUUGUAUCUAUUAUGAGCUUCUGAUGAGGCCUGAAGGAAGAAAAAAGACACAGGGUUAAAUUGCUUUCCAAAAUGUAUAAAAUUCUCAGUAUAAUGUUUUUAGGCAGUAACUCAAA